UAUAUCAGCAGGUGCUCUAUCAGCAGAAUAACAAUAUGGAUAAAGACUUGAACCUUUCCAUAACAGCUGAUAACGACUUUGAUGGUCUGGAUCUAGAAGAAGAUCCAACGGCUCGAGACUCGUCUUUGGUUAGGGAUAAGCAGGUGGAAGGUGCUAUGGUUGUUGAGAGGACCGCUGGACGACCGGCCGUGCCCAAGGAAGAAAGUGGCGACGAGGAUUUGGAGCUUCGUCUUCAAUUGUUAAAGGAGAAGCGAGAUUCCCUUAAGAAGGAGAAGCUGAAGAAGGAUAUUCGCAAAUUAGAGCAGGAGGUGGAUCUACUUGCUAAAGAAUCGAAGACUAAGGCAGCGAAACCGAAGAAAAAAUCAGCUACAAUUAAAAUGGCUGUCAAUGAUAUCCAAGAGUAUGCAGAAAUUAGAAUAGAUAACGACCCUACUUGCGACGACAUCAAGACAGACAAGAAAAAAAUCAAAAUGGACCAUUAUACUAUUCCUUCGUGGAAGGAAUGGUUAAAAAACUUUCUUCAGACACUUACAGUAUCGUUGUUGACUGCUGUUUUGGUUUCAACCGUUGCUUAUUUUACGAUGCUUGCUCAGCUACAGCAAAAAUUGUCAGAUAUUGAAAAGAAAAAUGAGAUGAACCAGCAAACUGAAAACAGAAACAGUUUAAUGUUUUCUUAUUUACAACAACAGAUUAAUGACAGCACAGACCAAGUUGCAGUAACAGCAUGUGCAUUAGCCAAACCCUACUCGAGUAAUGAGAAAAUACAGUUUCCCUACAUUCAGACAUAUCUUGGCGUUACAGAUUCUGUGAUAUCAUCUAUUAGAACUACUGGGAUUUUUAAAUGCGAGAAACCUGGACUUUACUUUGUAUCCUCAUUCAUUACGACACAAACCAAUGGGUACUAUUAUCUUAAGAAAAACAGCGAAAUUAUGGCGUAUGGCCAAUUUUCCCUUUAUAAAGGCUACCAGACAAGUACCAUUGUGCAGCUAAUACUCUUGAGUGCAAAUGAUACAUUAUCUAUAGACAACGGAAACAACAAGUUCAUACAGGGAAGUUGUCAGUCAUCUAUAUCAAUAUUACAACUUACCGGAUAAUGCUUAUUCGUCAUACAGAAUGAAAUCAAGUACUCUUUUGACACUGAAGUAUUCAAAAGUUAGUCCAAAUAAUAAAAUAAAAAA